AUGGCUAUUCUUCAAAGUACCCUGAUGCAAACAUUGGCUUUGAGAUCAAAUGUCGAUGUUCAUAACUCUACAACACAAAAUACUACUGAAACCAACACCCAUUUUGGCCAACCCUUACCAAAUCCACCACUAAAUCCCCCACCAAACCCAGACCCAAACCAAUUCAACCAUCAUGAUGUUCCUUAUUUUCGUCCCCCAAAAGUGGACUUACCGCGGUUCUAUGGUGAGGAUGCUUGGGGAUGGCUUACGAUGGCUGAACGGCAUUUGAAGACACAAAAGGUUCCUCCUCAGGAAGCUAUUACUAUUGUUGCUUCUCAUUUUGGGCCAGAUGCUUGUAUGUGGGUAAAUGCGUUUGAGGAACGUCAUCCCAUGGCUACUUAUCCUCAGUUUGCUGCGGCGUUCUUGGAACAUUAUGGAGCAGGAACAAGCAUGGAUUUUCAGACCGCAUUGUCUCAGCUACAACAAACCACUAAUGUAAAUGAUUUCAUUUUGCAAUUUACAAAGUUAUCAUGUAGAGCCUAUGGAUGGACAAAUGCACAAUUGUUACCUUUAUUUAUCGGAGGGUUGAAACCAGAAAUUCAGUAUGAUGUUGGUAUAAUGCAACCUCAAACAUUAGCUUUAGCACAACGAUUGGCUCGAAUGUAUGAAGCUAAGCUUGCAGCAAUCAAAGCUUCUCGUGUUUCUCGUCAACCUGUUACUUGGUCUGGUUCACAAAGAGUUAGUAGUACCUCUUCUACGUUUGCACCACACCAUCAGACACAACACACCCAAGUUGAAAGCUCCAUUCGACAGUUGUCUGCACAAGAACAAAGAGAAAGAAGAGCUCUCGGACUUUGCUUUCAGUGUAAAGAUAAGUGGUCGAGGAAUCAUGUCUGUAAAAAGCCUAUAAUGACUAUGUUGGAAUCACUUGAUGUGCAAGGCGAUGUGAAUUCAGAUGAAGAAAGCGAACAAGUUCCAAAACUGGAAGAUGAUCAGAUUAUUCCCUUGCACGCAAUUACCAAUUCCAAAUUAGCUGAGAUGAUGAGGUUCAAGGGUACGAUCAAAGGAGUCACAGUUGACAUCUUUGUAGAUUGUGGGUCUGCUUCUAAUCUGAUGGACCCUAAACUAGCAGAACAAUUGGGUUUGAGUAUUGUUCCAAUGGAACCGCACAAAUUUAUGCCGGUGAAUUGGCAGCCACUCUCUAUUUCACGACAAGCAGUUGACGUUCCGGUUGAUAUACAAGGUUAUGAGUUCACUAGUUCAUACCGAUUGUUGACUGUUCCUGGUUGUGAUGUUCUCUUGGGAGCUCCAUGGCUUGAGACAUUAGGAAUGUUUGGUUGGCACUUCUUGGAGAAGACAAUGGUGUUUGAACAGCGAGGUCGGUGUUAUGUUCUGUAUGGUUUAAAGUGUAGUCCUCGUCAGUUUGAUCAAAAUUCCUUACUUAAUUUGAUGUCUAUGGAACAAUUGGACCACAAUGCAUUAUCAAGCCCAGAGGAAGCAAGUGUCUGGCUUUAUAACCCAGUUGUACAAUGUUUGAUCGAUCAAUAUGCAGAAUUAUUUGCCGCACCAACAAAGCUGCCACCUGUUCGUUCUAUCGAUCACACCAUUCCUAUUUUGCUUAAUUCUGGUCCAGUUAAUGUUCGGCCUUAUCGUUAUCCUCAUUCUCAAAAGGAAGAAUUGGAGAAACAAGUCAAUGAAAUGUUAUCUAGUGGGGUCAUUCGACCAAGUCGAAGUCCUUUCUCUUCUCCUGUUUUGCUGGUACGAAAGAAAGAAGGUACGUUGAGAUUCUGUGUUGAUUAUCGGAGUCUUAAUGAUGUUACUGUUAAAGAUAGGUUCCCAAUUCCAGUUGUAGAUGAAUUGUGGAUUUGCGAUCUGGUUAUCAUCAAAUAA